CAAAACAAUAAUCGCAUCAGCUGUCACAAUAUGAGGGUAGUUAUAAAAUUAGUUUGAAGUAACUUUAAAAUUUUCCGACUCACUUCACAACCUAACUGCACGUGGUUACGAUCAUGGAAAACGUAGACAGCCAGACCGAUAUGAUGUACCCGGUGAUUUUCAUACCGAAAAACUGUACGAAUCUCCAGACGGAGUGCGAAGCGACGGAUAAUGUGUUCAUAGACCUGAAUAUAACGUCUUUGGACACGGAGGGGAACGAGAUGAGCAUCUACAACGGGUUCUGUAACGUCAAACUGGUGGACAGCUACGACGUGAACGUCCAGGAGGUGGAUUCCACCCAGCCGGAUUCCCUGGACAUCUCCUCCGAAAUCCAGAUACCCAACUCGUCGUACAACCAGUCCCAGGUCUGGAUCGACCCGGCCCGAAGCCCCUACGUCUAUAAUAACUACGAGGGAGUAGCCCAGGAACAUAUCCACAACUCGCGAAUCACAGUGGAACAACACAACACGUAUAUUACUCAAAACGUGUAUAAUUAUACCGAAAUCAACGAUUAUAGCGAUCAAUUCGAGCACAAGAAGUUUAGGAAGGUGCAGGAAUUGAACCAAAUAGAUUUAUAUAAGGACGAUGAGAUAGAAUGUGAGCAGCUGGAAUGUACGGAGAUAGUCGAAGAAGAAAUCGAGGAUCCUGUUAAAGACAAUGACGCUCUCAAGCAGCUCAUGUCGACAGAAAUUCAGCCAGUUUCGAAGCAGCAGAAGACCAUUUUGUACGUCGGGGACGAUUCCCAGUAUGGACAGACAAUACAGAACAUUGCUAUCAACGACCCGAAUGUAGAAUGCGUAGGUAACGUUGAAGACGGAGAGUAUGUCUUAGAUGAGAACAAUGAAAGCACCAAAAAGAAAUAUCAAUGCGAUAAAUGCAAGCAAAUAUUCUACAACCUAAUAACUUUUAAACGUCACGUAGUCAGCAGUCACAGCCAUAAACUACCAGUUAUUGAGACAGACACGACGACUGAAGUCAAAUUCACUUGCUCCGAAUGUGGUAAAAAUUUCAAAAGCCAGGAGAAAUUCGAAUUACACUGUGUAGCCCACGGUGACCCGGACUUGGAAUGUGACAAGUGCAAAAAAGUUUUCGCAUCGAAGUUCACCCUUCGUACCCACCUCAAAAUCCAUAAUAGAAAAUAUUCCUGCACUCAUUGUCCGAAAACGUACACCAGCGAUGAUGAUUUGAAAAAUCACAUGGCGAAAAUUCAUUUCGUAUUCGCAUGCAACCAGUGCGAGUUCACGUCGAAUAGUUAUUCAUCUUUGGACCUACAUAAAGACAUUCAUAAGGUGAACAAAGUUAUGAGCGAUACGGAGUCAGCGGUGUCCGUCGAUUCAUCCAGUAACCAUUCCAUAGUGCUCGAUGAGGACGAGGAUAUGGAGGAGUUCCUCACCAGAGACCAGCAGAUCGAGGAAGCGGAGUCGGUGAUAGCUAAGGUCAUAAGCAAUGAGAUCUUCCUCUUACACGCGAAAAAGGCAAGGAAGCAUCGUAAGUUUAACAAGAAAUGUGAAGUAUGUCAAAAGACCUUCGACCGUGUUGGUGAUCUCAAGAGGCAUCUCAUAGAGCAUGUGAUAAGAAGCACGCUGGCCAAAACGCCGAUCAGUAAGAAUGGAACUCUCACGAUAUUAUGCGAGGUAUGCCAGAAGGAAACCUUUACAAAGAUAGAUAAAUACAAAGCUCAUCUAAGGGAGCACGCGAAAUUAACGAUCUACAAGUGUACCUUCUGCGAUAAGUCCUUCAGUGACUCUAGCAACUUCUCGAAGCACAAGAAGAUUCACGGCGCAACAUUCUUCCAAUGCGAUCUCUGCCAACGUAAGUUUAACUCCAAGAGGAUGAUCACCCAGCAUCUCGAGUAUCAUAGGAACCACGAUCCGUUACCGUGCUUCUACUGCAACAAGACUUUUCACUUCAAGUCGAUGCUAAAUAAGCACAUCAAAUUCGCUCAUAUGCAGGAAACUUCGAAGUUCCGCUGCCGCUUCUGUCAUGAAUAUUUCCGAAGUUUGAAGGAGAAAUGGGAUCACGAGUGGACAAUUCAUAACGUUAGGAAAAUCAUCGUGGACUGUCUGAUCUGCGGGGCCAAGUUCAGGAAGUAUUUGGAGUUAAAACGACAUUGUCACGAUGUACAUGAACUGGAAAUACCUUUGGCAAAAAGUAUAAUGGGCAACGCAUAUGUCGCCACAAGGGACUAGAUAAAAAUUCAUAGCUGGUCUAUGA